AUGCCCGCGACGCCGGUAGUGUUGAGGGGCAUGUGGAAGAACCGCUCCCCGACUGCGCGUCGCAGAAGUUUGCUUAUUGCUGAUAUCACCUCUGAAAUCAAGGCCGAAAUAAAGGCCGAACCAACCACUGAAGUAAUCGCCGAACCAGUUGUCCAAGUAAAUACCGAAGCCAAGGAAGCGAUUGUCCAGGACGACAUCAAAAAGGUUCUCAAGAUGGACAAGGACACUUUGGCGAGCUACGUCAACGGCCACACGUAUAACAAAAAGACGGAUCCCUACUUCCGUGACCUGAUAGCCAAACAGCUCACCUUGGAGGAACUACAGCAGAUUAACGCUGUGCGCUGUGGUCGAAGCAACGACCCAUACGUGGGCAUUACUCUCGAUUCGACGGACGCCUCGAUCCCCGCCAAAGACCGGGCCCUCUUCCUAUUGGCGAACCACGCGGUGGUGCACAACUGCAACGUGGACGAUGGUUCUCAGGCGCAACAGAAAUUUGACGGUAUUUUUUAUGCAUCACAAGGUUCCGACCCUCAACUUUCAAGGAAACACCAUUCAAUGCGAAAACGAACUACCGAUUAG